ACUUCUCAUUCCCAAACAUUACCAUACUGUCGAUUCUAGCCUACCGUAACACAGAUUUUAACCCUUAUGUGCAUUUGUAAUUCGUGUAAUUCGAUGAAUGGCAAUUUGGUUAUUUUGCUUCAUGCUAUAAACCCAGUUUAAUUGUUAUUUAGAAAAAUCAAGAUGGCAUUGUUGCAGUGGAGGAAAUUCAACUUUUUUGAAGUCACCAAGGAUGUGGACAAAGGCGCUCUUAAUGAAGCUCUACAAUCGGCGGAUGUGGUGUGCACGGGCAGCGGCCGCGGCUGUCUGGUGCUGGGGGACAGCCGCGGCCUGGUUCACUUUGUCAGUCGACAACUGGAGGUGCUCUCCCACCGACUGUUUGAAGCUCGCGUGUCGCAGCUGGCGCAGCUCAAGUUCAGCCCUGUUCUGGCUGCUGCUGGGGAGGACGAGAUCGGAGUGUCUUCGAUCAAAGUGUUCGGCCUGGAGCAGCUAGAUGGUGGCGGCGCGCCGCGCCUGCUGCGACAACUAAAGCUUCCUCCAGCCGCCGCCGACGGCGGCACCGCCGUCACCUGUUUGUCUGUGCACGAGAAUCUAUUCAUGGCGGCCGGCUUUGCUGACGGAAGGGUCAUCUUGUGGAGAGGUGACCUGACCCGGGAGCGGGCCGGCAAGCCCCAGGUUCUUCACUCGGGCUCGGCUCCCGUCACCGGACUCGGCUUCAGAAGCACCGGCAAGACGAGUCACUUGUUCGUGGCCACCGCCCAGGAGGUGUGCUGCUACAACGUCACGUUCAAGGACAAGGAGAACCAGAUCCGUCUGGACGAGACUGGGUGCGCUCCGCACUGUGCUGUGAUGUCUGAGGGCACCUCUGAACCGCAGUUCACAGUGGGAAAACCAGACGCCAUAUACUGCUACAGCCCCAACGAGCGUGGCGCGUGUUUUGUGUUUGAGGGAGAGAAGCGGCUGCUGCACUGGUUCAAGGGCUAUCUGGUGGUACUCGGGGCUGAGAAGGUCACGGCAGCGGGCGGAGGAGCAGAGGCUACCUCGACCGAGCGGCACGUUCUGACCGUGUACGACGUGGCCAACAAGUACGUGGCGCUGCACGUGCCGCUGCGGGACGUACAGCACGUAGUCAGCGACUGGGGCCAGCUGUUUGUGGUGACCUCUCAGAGGAAGCUGCACGCGCUGCGCGAGCUGGACACACAGGCCAAGCUGCAGGUGCUCUUCAAGAAGAACCUCUACGACAUGGCUAUCAAACUGGCUCAGUCUCAGCAGUACGACGCUGACGGACUGAUGAACAUAUUCAAAGAGUACGGCGACUACCUGCACGGAAAAGGAGACUAUAGCGGGGCUGUGCAGCAGUACAUCAAAACCAUAGGCAAACUGAUACCGUCCUAUGUCAUCAGGAAGUACCUGGACACUCAGCGUAUCAGCGACCUGACUGUGUAUCUGGAGGCACUGCACCACGGCGGUCACGGCAGUGCCGACCACACCACGCUGCUCAUCAACUGCUACACCAAGCUGAGGCUCACCGAGCAGCUCGACCAGUUCAUACAGGGCGAGGGCGACGCGGUGGAGUACGACGUCGCCACGGCGGUGCGCGUCUGCCGCAGCUCGGGAUAUCACGAGCAGGCGCUGCUGAUCGCCGACAGACACCGACAGGUGGACGUGGUGGUCUCCAUACUGACAGAGGACCUCGGGGACCCCGGCCGGGCGCUGCAGUACAUCAGCAAACUGCCGCAUGAACAGUGCGAGGCGGCGAUUCUGCGUCACGGUGCCGCCCUUCUGAAGGUGAAACCCACAGACACCGUGGAACUGCUGAAGAAACUCAGCUGCGCCCCCAAGUCGGGCGCUGACGCCGACUCGGAGCGUUCGGUGCCCAUUCAGCAGUAUCUGGACCUGUUCGUAGCGGCUCCGUCCGCCCAGGCCUCUUUCCUGCAACACCUGAUGGAGGUGCGCCCAGCGGCGCUCGACUCCGAUGCUCUACUAGCACUGCUCGAGGUGUACCUUCCCCGCUCCGAAGAGCAGCAGGAUCCAGGCGACGACUGGACGCCGCCGGGAGGCUUCGGCGGCGAUGGUGGCGCCUCUAGCGGUGGUGGUGGCGCAACCGGUGGCACAGACACCAGCGCCCCUGUCGGCGACACGGAGAAGGCGCUGCGUGUGCUCGACUGUGUGCGACUGAAGGACGUGCCGCUCGCACUGCGGGUCUGUCAGGACCACGGCUUCCAGCAGGGGGUCGCCAAGCUGUACGAGCGAUACGGAAUGCACUCGCACAUCCUGCACACGCAGCUGGAGGCUGCCGACUACCCGGCCGCCCUGGAGACGUGCCGACGGUUCGGCGGCGAGCAGCCGCUCCUCUGGCUGGACGCUCUCAGGGCGCUGACCAAGCUGCUCAACCCGCCGUCAGAGGUCAUCACCGUGGUCCUGGAUAACAUAGAGAAGGGUAAGGUGGCGCCCAGUCUGGAGGUGGUGGAAAUCCUGGUCGAGUCGCCCACCCUGGAACUGGGCGCCGUGCGCGACUACAUGAUGCGCGUGCUCACGGCCGAUCAAGAGGCUAUUGAUGAGCACACAGCGGCCGCCCAGAAGUUCGCCGAGGAGGCCGAGUCCAUCCGAAAGGAGAUCGAGACCGAGGAGAAUAGCGCUAUGGUGUUCCAGCGCACCAUUUGCUCGGCAUGCAGUCAGCCGCUGGAGCUGCCGUCGGUGCACUUUUUCUGUCCGCACUCGUUCCACCAGCACUGCUUCCAGAGCUACGCCGAGGGAGACGACUCGUGUCCCCUGUGUCUGACGGAACAGACCGAGCUGAGGCGGCAGACUAGCAGUCAGCCGACUGAAUCCACGGAGGGAGCCGACAUGGAGGAGCUGUACAGCGAGCUGCGAGCGGCCGACGACAAGUUCAGCGUGCUGUCCGACUUCUUCGGCCGCGGGGUGUUCUCAGAGGCCGAGCGGCCGGCCGAUGGCAGUCAGCAGGCAGCCGCCGCGCCGCCGCCGCCGCAGGCCCAGCCCCCUCAGAAUGUGAGCAGUUACCUGGCGUCGGCUCCGGCCGCGGAGCCGGUGGGGGCAGCGGCAGAGGCGCGGCUAAGACUGCAGGACCGGGCAGCGGCCGCCUCGGCGGGACCAUUCGGUGGAGAGUCGGAGGCGCGUGUCCGGACCGCAGAGCGCCGCUCCGAGCAGGCUGCCACGGUGUCCGAGGGCCGGCUGAGGGCGUCUCAGACCAGCCAGGUGGCGCCGAGUGUGGCUGAGGGGCGCCUCAGGGCGUCCCAGCCGAGCCAGGUGGCGCCUAGCGUCUCCGAGGGACGUCUCCGCGCCGCUCAGGUCAGUCAGGUCAGCUCGGCUGUCCCUGAGGCCCGCGUCAGAGCAGCCGAGGGGCGCUACCCGCAUACAGUGGCGCCGCAGCCGGCCGAAGAUAGAACCAGAGCUUUGGUCCGGCGACCAGAGAUGGCAGUGCAGGCGGCGGCAGCGAAACCCGUCGCACCGAAUCCGUUUGAAGAGGGCCCGAAUCCGUUCGAUGACGAUGAUGACGCACACAAUCCAUUCAAUGAAAAGCCGUCAGAUUCCAACAACCCGUUUGCGGAUGACAUGGAUGAGUACGACAAAAGUCUAAAUCCGUUCGAGGAGUGAAGUGUGAACCAUUCCCAGUGUAAUCGAGCGGGUCGUUUUACUGAAUGAACCGUGGCUUAUCAUGCGUGCAAAUCCGGUAUAUUUAUCGUCCACUGGUAGCCUUGCGAAUGAAUUGCGUAAUUAUGUACUCGUUUGUGAUUAGUUUUAGAGCACCCUGCGUCAAUAAUGUAUGUGAGGGCCGUUCCUUUCGUGCAUGGCUCUGCGCUGCUAAGAAUCGGACCGUGGCACAUUUGUAUCCACCACUCAGAAUGACACACUCUGUAUUCCCGGGCUAUCAUGUGUUACAUACGGGGACCGGAUGUCAGGACGUCAGACCGGAGGCACAUGUUUUGGUUACUCGGCUCUGAGUUCCCUUCUGGCCGUCCUCUGCCUCAGAGCUCCCCGCCUUGUGUAGCUGGGCGCCCACUGUGCCUAGUCUGCCGGGUCGGUAGCGUGGAGGGAGGGGGAGGGGAGGGUCCCCAGACGAAGGCUCUAUGACUGGGCGGCAGGACUAGUCGUUCGUGAUGGCGGCAGGAGCCCUGCGAUCGCCCAGGAUCCGCUCUGGUUUCGAUAAGCCGCCGGCUGUGGUAGUGUUAUUAUUUAGCGGUCUGUAUCGUGUGUUUAUCAAUGUCAGCGAAAUGUAUUGUAUGAAAUAUAGCAUUGCUUUUCAUUUAA